ACCGACCGAAUAAGACACAUCCAUUAUUUACCACUGUCGCCUGAAACUCAUCAAUACAGAACCUUUUUCCAGUUAACUGAAAAAGCGGCGCGAGAAUCAGAUCAGACGGCCGAAGUCCCAUCGGAAGAAUCUCAGAGAUGAGAAGAGGAGGAGGAGGAGGAGGAGGAGGAGGAGGACAUGCUUCUUCUGGGAAUUACAGAAACCCAUGUUUGACUAUGCACCAACCAUGGGCUUCUUUGCUGGUUUAUGGCAUCAAGCGCGUCGAGGGCAGGUCCUGGCCUUCCCCUAUCAGAGGCCGUCUUUGGAUUCAUGCUGCUGGUAAGGUUCCUGAUGAGGCUACAAUUAAAGCAAUGGAAGAAUUUUACAGGGAAAUUUAUGCAGUUGAUGGAAUCACGGAUCUUAAAUUUCCGGAACAUUAUCCGGUUUCAAGACUUUUAGGGUGUGUCGAAGUGGUUGGAUGUCUUAGACGCGAAGAACUUGCAUCCUGGGAGAUGGUACCUGAAGGGGUGAGGUUGGAAGCAUUAACUGAUAUGUGUUGGCUUUGUGAGCAACCACAGAAACUGUUAGUUCCGUUUGAGAUGCGUGGCUACCAAGGUGUCUAUAACUUGGAAAAGAAGAUAUAUGAAGGUGCAAUUAGAGGUCUUUCCCCAGUUAAUAGUCCCCUUCCAGUGAAGUUUCCACUUCCAAAUCCACAAGAUCCAUUUUCGUUGAAACCAGGAUCUAUCUCUGUGCAUGUCCCUGUAUCUAGAACAUCUGAAGUUGAGAUAUCAUCGAGUCUCACUGCAGCCAUAGCUGGUGCCCGUGCUGCAGCUACACAGUUCUCCAAGAAAGUUCAAGAUGCACCGACAUCUAUAACGACCCUUCCAUUAAAGGGUCAAUCUGUUGAUGAGGAUACAAUGCCAUCUGCUAACCUCAGUAAGACCUCUAAUAAGGGGGCAUUGACACCUAAUGACAAGGAGCAAAUAAGUCCCAUUGAGCACGAGGGAAUCGGCAGCCACAGCCAACCUUAUUCGGGAGGUUUGAGACCUCAACCUGGUGCAUCUUCUAAGGGCAGCGGUCAGCCUAGAGGGGAGCGCACAAAGCGGAAGCGAGGCUUUGGGCUUGAGUAAUGCAAACAUUGCGGUGGGUGAGAGUGAUGAAGCCAUGAUGAUUCUUCAAUUAUUCUUCGAAGGUGGAACUCUGUUGCAAAUAUCAUGCGUUGCUUGCAGCAGCAAGAUGUUAUGGCAAAGUGGAUCUUCAACUUGGAAUAUGCUUUUCUACAUCCUUGCAUUGUAUUGUAUCUGUAAUCUGUAGCUAGGAAUGGUUUGUGUUUAGUUUAGGGUGACGAGAUAAGUACGGGGUUGUUUGGUAUCCUUCUUGGAUCCAAUUUUUUUGCCUUCGAAACUAUUAAGUACCAAGUAAUUUAGUAGCAUUCAUCGUUUUUAAAAACUACAAAUGUAGUUUAGUGCGUUGGAUUGUGGUAAAGUGCUGAAAUUCGGGGAAAAUUUAAUUGAAAAAUUGCAUUUGGGUAUUUGGCAUUGUGCAACUUAUACAGAAUUUAUUCCUUUUCCAGUUU